AUGACCCAAAACGUUGCUCUAAUCCUGGGCUAUGGGCCUACAGUUGGGGUCGCCGUUGCUCAAGCAUUUGCAGCAAAGGGCUACAAAAUUGCAAUAGUCUCCCGCAGAAAUAGAGACUCAGAAAGCGAAAAAGACUAUCUCCAGAUUCAGUCAGAUCUCUCUGACCCUUCCUCAGUUGAGCUUAUUUUCUCCAGAGUUAUUAGUGAAUUUGGUCAUCCAAGUGUUGUGCUCUACAAUGCUUCCUCAUCUACUCUAAUGAAUUCUUCAACAGCGCUAUCGGAACAGGUUGCAGCUUUUCAAUCUGAUAAUAAUGUUAAUAUUGUGUCUGCCUAUGUUGCAGCGCAGUUGGCUAAUAAAUCCUUCGCUAUGCUCCCCCCACAGUCAUCAAAGACGUUCAUUUAUACCGGAAACAAACUUCCUUUCAUGAUUGUGCGGCCGCUAUUAUUCCACGGCGUUGGAAAGGCUGGCUCCGCACACUUAUUACAUUAUCUCGCAGAAGAGUACAAGGAUUCCGGAUACAAACUGGACGGAGACCCAGUUUAUGCCGAUAUUGAUGGUGACGCGCAUGGCAUAUUUUACACCCAGUUGCCUGAUGGGGAAUCCAAAACGAUGCUGUGGUAA